AUGAGUGCUGCUGCUGCGUUCCAUCGACUUUUGGACAUAGUCUUGACAGUCCUGUGGAAACUCCGCUUGAAGACCAAACGAUGCAAAGAUUCGUUGGACUACUUGGGCUCCAGUUUCAUCGGGAUCCGGAGGAAAUACGACGGCAUCAGGACAACUUCUGCGACGACUGAAGUUGUUGUUGUUGUUGCAUUGAGGGGGACGACUUCUUCUUUCACUUCUCGACUUAUUGGGCGAUUUCGAACGCUGACCAUGACAGCUGUUCUUGGGCGUGCCAAGAUUUCCCGAAUCAGAUCCUUUGCUGUGACAAGAAGAAGGCGUUGA